AAGUCUCCUACGGGAUGUUGGAGAUGGCUAAGUGUCUCUUCGGAGGUGUUCCAAUAACUGCAAGAGAAACGUCCAUUUUGCCUAACCAUCAAGAAGCGACCUCAAAUCCCUUGAAGAAAAUAUAUCCUAAAGAUGCUUUUAAGGUAACUGAAAUGCAGCUUGGAUUUAUGUAUGACCUGCUGUAUACGAAGGCACUAGUGUCCUACACCCCCUGUGGAAUUGUCUUGCGGCUCACCAGUUUUCUGCUCACCAGCAUUGUGCUGGUGUUAUUUUCUUUGGCCCCCCACAACGUACAUAAGUACUCAAAGGUCGAUCUUUGCAUUACUUUUUCAUUGCUUGUUGUGGCAAUGGUUUUGGAGCUUUAUGCGGCACUUGCAUUCCUUUUCUCAGACCGUACUCUUGUCUGGAUGAGAAAACAUAAUUUCCCUAGCCUCUCACGAUACAUUACUUCUCUCGUAAUACAUAGAAAUCAUAGAUGGUCAAAUUACAUGGGUCAGUUCAAUUUGCUAAGCUACUUCUUCAACGAAAAACCCAUGGGUUUUCGUGGAAUCUUAGAGCUCUUGAAAAUCAACGAAAAGCUAGAAAAACAACGAUAUGCUACUUAUCCUCAAGUCCCAGAGGAUUUGAAGGAAUGGUUAGUCAUGCAUUCCAUUAAAUUUAGGGAUAUGUUAAAGAAGGGUCCAGAGGAUGUUAAACUUAUGUCCAGGAGUGCGAGAGGAGCUGCAACGUUGGAAUCUUUCUUGCCCAAUGCAGAUGAUCAGACCAUUCUGUUCAUGAGUUGUUUUACAGAGUUUCAUCAAACAAUCAUUAUUUGGCACAUUGCUACAGAACUCUGCUAUCACCUAGAUCAUGACUAUUUCACCCAAAAAGAAAUCAGACCAUCCAGUAGUGCAGAAACUGCUGUAUUGAACUGGAAAAUGAGCAAGCGCAUCUCCAGAUAUAUGAUGUAUCUCCUCGCCAUUUCACCUGAAACGUUGCCAUCCAGCGGGGAAAUCGGUCAUGUCAACUUUAACCGCACUUGUGACGAGGGCAGGAAAGAAAUUGCAUUAUUUGAUAAAGUCGGCAUCCAGAGAGAGAGAAAACACAAGAUUAGAAUCGAGGCCUCCAAAUGGUUGCAUGAGCGGCACAAAGAUUCAAUUACCGAAAAAAGCCAAAUCUUGAAACAAUUGAAUGGAUCUCUUCUAUCCUUGGGGUGCCUGCUUGCUAAACAUCUGAUAGAGAGCAUGCGGGAUAGGCCUGAAGAAGAGCGUAUGGAGAGAAAAUGGAACGCCAUUGCCGGAUGCUUGUUCGAAUUUCUUGUCUAUGCUGGAAGACAAAGCAGUGGAAAUCAGCACGCACAACAACUUAGACAAGGUGGAGAGUUUCUCACUCAUUUCUGGCUUCUCUUCGAGGAGCUGACGUUUCUCGAUUAUUCCCCUACAUCGCCAACAACGACUAGCUAAGAUGAAGAGGAGUUGAUUUAAAAUAACCAUCUCUUUCCUGGG